UGCUUGUAGGGUGAAUGGGGAUGGAGUGCCAUAGGAGCCCGCAGUGAGCUUGUGGGGUGGAUAUGGGGUCGUUGUAGGGCAGUGUUGUGGUGUGGGGUGGGGGAUCAUGGUCCUGCUUAUAGGGUGGAUGGAGACCGAGCCCCAUAGGAGCCCGCGGUGAGCUAAGGGUGGAUAUGGGGUCGUUGUAGGGCAGCGUUGUGGUGUAGGGUGGGGUCUCAGAGUGAUGCUUGUAGGGUGAAUGGGGAUGGAGCCCCAUAGGAACCUGCGGUGAGCUUGUGGGGUGGCUAUGGGGUCAUUGAGGAUGCCCUUGUGGUGUAGGAUGGGGGCUCAGAGUGAUGGUUGUAGGGUGAAUGGGGAUGGAGCCCCAUAAAACCCCAUGGUGAGCUCAGGGGGUGGAUAUGGGGACAUUGUAGGGCAGCGUUGAGGUGUGGGGUGGGGGCUCAUGGUCCUGCUUAUAGGGCGGAUGGGGACACAGCCCCAUAGGAGACCGCGGCUCCGAGCAGCACAUGAGCCCAUGGCCAACGAGACCGGCAUGGAGCAAACCCUGCCCCACUGGAGGCGAGCGGCCCAUGGGGCGAUGGGCAGCAAUGGGGUCCCGGCGCCGCCCCCGCCCCACAGCCCGCCCCAUAGCGAGCCCCCCCUCGUCCAUUACAACGAGCUGAGCCAUAAGAGCUGCCCAUGGAGCCGCUGCUCGGCUCCGGGCUGCCCCUUCCUACCGGCCCCAUUGUGCCCCCCCCCCAAAGCCCCCCGUCUGCUGCCGCCCCCCCCCAAAAACGGGCAGCCCAAAGGUUGGGCCGAGCCCCCCGAGGGUCGCCCUCAUUGGGCGGACGCCGUUCUGGCCCCAUUGACCCUUUAUGGCCGCUCGUACCCCCCGCCCCUCCCCCUGGAGAGCGAUGGAGACCCCAGACCCCUCCGCCAUUGCCCCCUCCUCGUGUCCUCGAUGCUGCCCCGUUAUGGGGCCGCGGAGGGAGCGACCGGGACCGAGUGGCAGCUGGGAUCCUAUAUGGCAACGUGGGGGCAGCCCCUUUACUUGGGGGUCCCACCGACGGGAAAGGAGACCCCCAACCCGUACAGUGACGGCUCCGGAACGGGGAAUAGGGACUUUUACCCCCUGCAGGAGCCCCCCCCUCACCCCCAGGACGGGGAAGGACCCCCAUGGAGGGACAGCAGAGCGCCGCCCCCCAGCGCCCCCCAACGCCCCCCAACGCCGCCCCCCACCCCGGCACAGCGCGGACCUGUGGGGGUCCCUGGGGGAUUUGGAGCGGGGGGUCCCACGGACACGGCGGGGUCGGACGGUGAGACCCCCCCCCCGGGGGGCACGGGGGGGUCCAGAAGCUGAAGAAGACGUGGCUGACCCGGCUGUGGGAGGGGUCGGUGCGAACGGACGGGACCGAGGAGGGACCGAAACGUGGAACCAAACGGAACCGGGACGGAACCGGGACCGGCACCAACAAACGGGGACACAACGGAACCGGCACC